GGAGGUUGAGUCCGGGGUAGAGUUUGGGGGGCCGGGGGUGAGAGGUGCCGGCAGUGGCGCGGAGCAGCUGCUUGUGCAUUCGCUGCAUGCCUGACUGCAGAACCGACUUGCAUAAGGAGAAGGGAGAGGAGGGUUGCACGGAAAAGGGAAAUUUCCAAGAAAAGAGGGAUCUGCGGCAAUAUCUGCACCUCGGGGGAUGAAGAGAGGAACCAACAGGCAUAAAUGGCCGGGAGACGGCUGAAAUCUUCGCCGAGGAGAUUGGCACCGCGGGGUUAUUUUCCACCUGCCUCCCCUACCCAUUUCUGUAAUCCUGGCUCAAAGUAGACAAGUCGAGUUGGAGCUGAAGAAGGGAGGUUAGAGGGGUUUUUAUUUCAUUUGGGAGGGGAGAAACAAAACAAAAAAAAAAAAAAAAAAAAAAGGAAGCAAAAAUGAGAGGUUGGUUGUGCCUCCCCGGGUUGAGCACCUCCGUGGCGCGAGGCAAUGCAGGAUGAUGCAGAGGAGCAGUCGCCGGGAGCAGGGAUGUGAGGAUCCGGCACCCACCGGGGACACGAGCCUCAACAUCCCCAGGAGAAAUUUCACCCGGCGGAGUCGAAUUCCCACGGGGGCGAUGCCACACCUCCCGAGGACACUGGAGACAUCGGGUUUUGCUGAGCUUAGCAGCUUUUCACCGUCGUACCAAAGGCAUCAGACAGACGCUCAUCUGCCCUGAAGUGCAUAUCUGCAACAGCUCCCGGGAAGACUCUGUCUCUCUGUCUCUCUGUCUCUCUUUUCUCUCUCUCUCCAGUCCAAACCAUUACAAGACCUGACUUCCACCAUCUGGGAAUUUAACCCCUCUUAUGUCCCUUCUCCUUUUUCUACGAUGACUCACCAUUAUUUUUAACUUUGAAGAGAGAGGAAAUUAUGGGGAUCUUGGAAGCCUGUAUUUCUCUCUAGGAUUUCCCCGGGGUCAGAUAAUCGGUGUUACUAAGAGACUAAGAUUUGGCUUCUCCAGGGGUGAUUUUCUUUCUCCUUUUUUUUUUUUUUAAAUUUUUUAUUUCCUCCUUUUUUUUUUUUUUAUCUCAUCCCUUUGCCUUUUCAUGAGACUCUUUCAACCCUACGUACCUGUCCUUCUGCAGGAUAGUAGCCCUGCCCUGAACCUGAGCCCACCACUGGGUCCUGGGAAGAGCUUAGCAUAAGGAUUUCUUUGAAACCCCAAUAUGACAGUUGCUACUGGAGAUCCUGCAGAUGAAGCUGCAGCUCUUCCCGGUCACCCGCAGGACACGUACAACCCUGAGACCGACCAUGAGUGCUGCGAGAGGGUGGUCAUCAACAUCUCGGGGCUGCGCUUCGAGACGCAGCUCAAGACGCUCGCCCAGUUCCCAGAGACCUUAUUAGGGGAUCCUAAAAAGAGGAUGAGAUAUUUCGACCCUCUCCGGAACGAGUAUUUCUUUGACCGGAACAGACCCAGCUUCGAUGCGAUCUUGUACUAUUACCAGUCUGGGGGGAGGUUGAGGAGGCCGGUUAACGUGCCCUUGGACAUCUUCUCGGAAGAGAUUCGAUUCUAUGAACUGGGGGAAGAGGCGAUGGAGAUGUUUCGAGAGGACGAGGGCUACAUCAAAGAAGAGGAGAGGCCACUGCCUGAGAACGAGUUUCAGAGACAAGUGUGGCUGCUCUUUGAGUACCCCGAGAGCUCAGGCCCUGCCAGGAUUAUAGCUAUUGUCUCCGUCAUGGUGAUUUUAAUCUCCAUCGUCAGCUUCUGCUUGGAAACGUUGCCCAUUUUUCGGGAUGAGAAUGAAGACAUGCAUGGCAGCGGGCUGAGCCACCUCCCCUAUUCCAACAGCAGCAUGGGGUACCAGCAGUCCACCUCCUUCACAGACCCCUUCUUCAUCGUGGAGACACUUUGUAUCAUCUGGUUCUCCUUCGAGUUCCUGGUGAGGUUUUUCGCCUGCCCCAGCAAGGCUGGGUUUUUUACCAACAUCAUGAACAUUAUUGACAUCGUAGCCAUCAUCCCCUAUUUCAUCACCUUAGGGACAGAGCUGGCUGAGAAGCCAGAGGAUGGCCAGCAAGGCCAGCAAGCCAUGUCCUUGGCCAUCCUCCGAGUCAUCCGCUUGGUGCGGGUCUUCAGGAUCUUCAAGCUCUCCCGGCACUCCAAGGGGCUGCAGAUCCUGGGGCAGACUCUCAAGGCCAGCAUGCGGGAGCUGGGCCUCUUGAUAUUUUUCCUCUUCAUCGGCGUCAUCCUCUUCUCCAGCGCCGUUUACUUCGCCGAGGCCGAUGAGAGCGAGUCCCAGUUCCCGAGCAUCCCCGACGCCUUCUGGUGGGCUGUGGUUUCCAUGACGACUGUUGGCUACGGAGACAUGGUCCCCACAACCAUCGGGGGGAAAAUAGUGGGUUCCUUGUGUGCCAUUGCCGGCGUAUUAACGAUUGCCUUACCAGUGCCCGUCAUAGUGUCCAACUUCAACUACUUCUACCACCGGGAGACGGAGGGAGAGGAGCAGGCUCAAUAUCUGCAAGUAACCAGCUGCCCAAAGAUCCCCUCUUCCCCUGACCUAAAGAAAAGCAGAAGUGCCUCUACUAUUAGUAAGUCUGAUUAUAUGGAGAUUCAGGAAGGCGUAAACAAUAGCAAUGAGGAUUUUAGGGAGGAGAACUUGAAGACAGCCAAUUGCACCCUAGCUAACACAAACUAUGUGAAUAUCACCAAAAUGCUAACCGAUGUCUAGUAGCUAAAACCUAGUAAUGUAUUUAAAGCUGCAGUGGAACAAUUGCAGAUAUUGAGUGCUGCUCUGCAUUGUAGUUAACACAGUAUUUUCUACGGUGUAUAUUUGGUUCUGCAUGGGAAGCAAUAGCUGUGUAAGUUACUUUUAACCUUCUAUUUCCACACUGAAUAAGCGUCUGUGCAAAAAAAAAAAACAAAAACAAACCGACAAACUAAACCCAAACCAUUUUGUUGCCCUUCUCCCAUCCCAGGCUUGUGGGUUUCCGAAGAUAUGGGAGGUAUUUCCAGCAGCAGGAUGGGGAUACGAGGGGCGGCUCCGGGCUGUGCCAGAUCCCUGUCCGGGGUGACGACCACCUUCCAGGGAAGGGCUGGGAAAGGUCAGGCAGAACUCGCUGAAGGGACGAUGCGGGCGAGUGUCCGGGUUGCUGGAAGGCUCAGGUUUCCACCCUGGGAAUGCCAAGCCCGGCCGCGUCGCCCAGGCUCGUGUUUCAUAACUGAAAAUGCUGCAUGCUGCAAUAGUUUCAGCCACUGCAGUGUGCCAGUGUGAGGCCCAGGGGAGGGAUAAUUAGUGUGACAGCACAUUAUUUAUUAAGUCUUAAAUUUUCUGUGCCAGGCAUCGGGAGGGCCGGGUAAAUAAAUCAAGCACUUGGAUUUUAGUAUUUCUUCAGAUAACACUUCCAUCCCUAAUAUUUCCAGGCUCACCAAAGACAUCUCCACUAAUAUGUUGAAAAUGAGUUGG